UUCCUAUUCUGGAACAAAAGCAUCCGGUCCUCUGAUGCAACGACGCGUUUCCUUGCGCGACCACACACCUCUCCGACUUCCCUUCCUUGUCAACCUACGACUUUCCCGACAUUUCGCGCAUCGAACGGCAUCCCCGUUUUUCCGACAUCGCGCGAAUUACAAAUCGACCAGAAUCCCCGUCUAACUCGGUCGUCCUGCGCUGCAAUAGCGCGAUCGCCUCCCGAAAUGGCCGACUACAACGCCAUGAAGGUUCCCGAGCUGAAAAAGCUGCUCGUGGAACGGGGCCUUCCUCAUACCGGCAACAAAGCCGAUCUCAUAGCCCGACUCACAGAGAAUGACAAGCAGAAGGCAGCCGAGAGCGCGGCCGACUCCAAGCAGCCCCCUGCCGAGGACGAGAUCGACUACGAGGAUGACGACCUGCCGUCCACCAAAAAAGACGCUGCAGCCGAGAAGCCCGCCGCAGCCGUGCCCACGGCAACGGAGACAAAGAGCGACGCCGCUCCGGCACCGGCGCCCACCAAGACAUCCGAGACCACCGCCGCUGAAGGGGGCGACGCCACCACCACGACGACGACGGCCAAACCAACCCAGGAUGGCGACAAGCCGGCCGCUGCUAGCGCAGGGGGCGCGGCCGCGGCCGCGGCGCCGGCCCAAGGCGAGGGCGCCGGCAAGGACGAGAGCAGCAAGCCGGUCUUCUCGCAGAACCUGCCGCCGACCGACGCCAAGUCGGAGGCCGAGAAGCGCGCGGCGCGGGCCGCCCGCUUCGGCACCGUCGCCGCGGACAACCAGCAGCUGUCGGAAGAGGCCAAGAAGGCCGCGCGCGCCGCCCGCUUCGGCCUGCCCAGCGACGCCGUCUCGGCGCUCGACAGCGCGCUGCCCGACCGCCCGCGCAAACGCGGCGCUGCCGCCAAGGAGGAUGACUAUGAGCGCGGCGGCAAGCGGGCCAACCGCGGCGGCGGCGGCGGCGGCGGCGGCAGUGGUGGUGGUGGUGGUGGGAGGAAUCAUCACCGGCGAGGCGGGAGGGGGGUCGGCGGCAGGAGGCAAGGCGGCGGCGGCGGCGGCGGGGGAAAGGGAGGUGGUGCGCAAAAAGGAGGGAAUAAGGCGCCCGCUCCUGUCGCUGUGGACCCCGUGGAGAAGGCAAAGAUGGAAGCGAGGGCGAAGAGGUUCGCCGCUACUACUGCUACUACUACUACCACUGCUGCUUCAUCUUGAGGUCGGUUUGUCGGUCGGUCGGUCGGUCGGUCAGGGUCUGACAGAUCAUCACAAACUCACGCUGUUUUU